AGGAACUGAGGAACUCGGCUGGUGCUGCUGCCCCCCAUCAUGUUAUUGAUCACCAUGUCGGUGUUAGAGGAAAACUGAACCAAGGAGAACCAUCCUGAGCCGAAACGGGGAGUUUAACAUGGCCGGAGAGGAGGAGAGGGGGGUGGUUCGAGUUAAAGUCAAGAAAUGUGAUGGCGUGCUGCCUGUGGAGUUUCGCUCCUUUGCCGUCGAUCCUCAGAUAACGUCACUGGAGGUCCUUCAGCACAUCCUCAUCAGAGCCUUCGAUCUAAACGGGAAGCGUAAUUUCGGGAUCAGUUACCUUUCUCGGGACCGGAGCGGUGCUGAAAUGUAUCUGUCUCUGCUGUCUGACUGGGAUUUGGAUGUGGCCUUUCUCUCUGCAGCCAAGCCACACCUGCAGCUUAAAAUAGACAUCAAACCGUCAGAAGACAGUCCUGUCAUGGAGGACUGGGACAUCAUCAGCCCCAAAGACGUGAUUGGCUCAGAGCAGCUCCUCGCAGAGAAGACCAAGUCUUUGGCGUCUGCAGCUCUCCCGUUCACACAGUCUCUGCUGUCCCAGGUGGGAAAAACCCUGACCAGAGUGCAGCAGGCGUUCAGCUGGACGUACGGCGAGGAGAUCAAACCGUUCAAACCUCCUCUGAGUGACGCUGAGUUUCACAGUUACCUGAACGGACAGGGUCAGUUGACGCGACCUGAGGAGCUCCGGCUGAGGAUCUACCAUGGCGGUGUGGAGCCCUCGCUGCGGAAGGUUGUUUGGCGGUACCUUCUGAACGUUUACCCCGACGGGCUGAGCGGUCAGGAGAGGAUGGACUACAUGAAGAGGAAGACGAGGGAGUACGACCAGCUGAAGAGGGAGUGGACAGCACGGGUCAGCCCUGAGGACCUGGAGUUCAUCCGUGGAAACGUUCUGAAAGACGUCCUGAGGACUGACCGGGCUCAUCCAUACUACGCCGGCUCUGAGGACAGUCCACAUCUGACGGCACUCACAGACCUGCUCACCACGUUCGCCAUCACGCAUCCUCAGAUCUCAUACUGUCAGGGCAUGAGUGACAUCGCCUCCCCUAUCCUCGCUGUGAUGGACAAUGAGGCGCACGCCUUCAUCUGCUUCUGUGGCAUCAUGAAACGUUUAGAGGGGAACUUCCGUCCAGACGGGCAGCUCAUGUCUGUGAAGUUUCAGCACCUGAAGCUGCUGCUGCAGUACUCGGACCCUGAGUUCUACUCUUAUCUGGUGUCCAAAGGAGCUGACGAUCUCUUCUUCUGUUACCGCUGGCUUCUUCUGGAGCUGAAGAGGGAGUUUGCGUUUGACGAUGCUUUGAGGAUGCUCGAGGUUACGUGGAGUUCUCUGCCUCCAGAUCCUCCUGAAACUGAAGUGGAGCUCCUUGGACCGCCACAGGAGGCCGAGGAGACGAUUUCCUGCAGAGACAAAGAAAAGACUGUGGAGAAUUGCCUCGGAGAUGAUAAGCAGCAAAAGGAGAAGCAGCGUAGACGGCACAUGCUGAGGCCUUCUAGAGAAGAACCAGACAUGAGCAGGAGUAACGUGUCGGAGGAAAAAGGGACUGAAAAGGGAAGCGAGGGCAGUGAAUGUCAAACGCCUCAAGGGACCACGGAAAAAUCGGACCUACCAGCUGCUCCGUUUGAGAGACAGACUAGUUUUGGAGAGUUUAAAUAUUACACAGCUAGAAAUGAGGACAGCUUUGAUAUGGAGGACGCUGAGCCGCCACAGGACAUGGUGGUUUCAAAGUCAUCGUCGAGCAUCCAGAGCCGCCAGUCCACGGUGGACAGUGAGGAGGAUCCAGGAGAGAGAACGCCGCUCAUUAAGAACUGUGAAAACGGUCUCUCUCCCGUGUCCUCCCCUCCUCUUUUCCCUAGUGGCCUCCCCAUCUGGAAAACAGCCCCCUCUGCCUCCCCACCAUCCUCAGCGUCACCCUCCAGCUGGCCGGGAGCUUCUCCAGAUUCGCCUCCUAAAGCGACAUCCCCAUCCUCGACAAACGGAAGAGACACCUUCACCAGAACUGUCCAAAAGGUCCUGAGCUCCUCUGCCCAGGUGCUCGGCAGCACAGGGAUCAACUCGCCCACGACCCCGACUCUAAAAACAUCCGUGGCAUCUCCGUCUCACACUCAGAGUCGAUCCCUUCUCUCUUCACCCAUUCUGUCGUUUGGAAGAGGCCCCGCGCUGUCUGGCAACAGGCUAUCCUCCAGCAAUCUCCCGUCACCUGGCAACAAAACCCCCAGCACAGCAGCUAACACGCCCGGAUCUAUGAAAGGCGAGACCACCAGCAUCAAACCGUGCUCGCUGCCGCCUCCUCAGGAGUUUGGCAAAGGAAACCCAUUCAUGCUGUUCCUGUGCCUGUCCAUCCUGCUGGAGCACAGAGACCACAUCAUCAAGAACAGCUUGGAUUACAACGAGAUGGCCAUGCACUUUGACCGCCUCGUGCGGCGCCACAACCUGAGCAGGGUGCUGCAGAGAGCCAAGGCCUUAUUCGCGGACUACCUGCAGAGCGAAGUGUGGGACUCAGAGGAAGGAGACGAGGUCAGCUCGGACUCUCCGACCACAGCCACGGCUGCCCCGCAGUCUCCUUCUUCCACCAUCUCCGCCCGACCCAUCUACAGCCCUUUAGCUUCGCCUCUGGCUUCAUCUCCAAACUCAACCUACAACCUCGCCACCACCAUCCCCUCCCCAACAGCUCCAGUCGCAGUUUCUCCCUCUUCCUGAUUCCUUACAGCAUUCUUCUCCUCCCAUCCUCCUCAGCAGACUGUUCAUUGGAGGUGCAGAACUUUUUCAAACAGCCUCCCAUGUUGGACUGAGCUGUUUAUAAUCUCAUUCUGUGUAUGCUUGAAUACAUUUAUUCCUUA